UAGUGAUUUAACGUAUGAAGAUAAUUACUAGACGUUUAGCAUUCAAAGUAACCUUAUAUGAUUAUAGAUGAUACAUCUUGUUCAUACAAUUAUUUGUAGAAUGGAGCUCAAAUCUAAUUUGUCUGUGACAUUCUCAUUGUUUCUAAUGGCUUAAAAAACAAAAACUAAUUUAAAAGAUUAGGACCUUAUCAAGUCUAAAUAUAGAAACGUUCCCACGUCAAAAUGAGCAGAAGAGGAUACUGGCAAGCUUUGGCAGCUGUAAUAGUGGUUCUGUUGGUCUCACCACAUACGUCCGGUAUGUCCAUCGACCAAAUGAUCGCUGCAGCUAGACACGGGAGAUACCCAUGGCUCAGAAGCAGAGUAGAAGAGAUCCGCGAACUGGACAUGAUACUGACAGACGAGGAAUGGAACGUCCUGCGGGGUUAUUCAAGAAAUGAAAAAAGAUAUAAGAGGAAAGGUGUUCUAAUGUUGAAACUGAUAUGGCCAGACAAAAAAAUUCCGUUCAAAAUAGAGCCACAUGUUUUCAAAAAGUUUGAGGAAAAUGAAAUAAUGGCCGCGAUUAAUGAUUGGAGAAACUACACAUGUUUGACAAUGGAGGAAGCCACGGAAUCCGAUCCAAAUUUUUUGAAAUUUGAAGACGGCGAUGGUUGCGCCUCCCGUCUCGGCAUGCGCGGGGGGUCCCAAAGUGUAUACUUAGGUGAGGGCUGCAGGCGCAAAGGCAUCGUCGUCCACGAGAUAGGUCACGCUGUUGGCUUCUUCCACGAACACAGCCGCCCCGAUCGUGACGAUCACGUGGAAAUCGCCACGGAAAAUAUCACCGAGGAGUUGUUACCAAAUUUUAUUAAAUUUCCUCCCGACGUCGUGUCGACUAGCGUCCCGUACGACUAUCAAAGUGUUAUGCACUACGGUGCGUAUUAUAUGUCCCCGGAGAACAGAAUAACAAUCAAAACAAAGAAUUCCUCGUAUCAACUGGUCAUCGGAAAUCAGUUCAGUAUGAGUUUUCUGGAUAUCAAACAAGCCAAUAUGAUGUAUCAAUGCGACAGCCACUGCCUGGAUAAGCCGGUCUGUCCGGAGGAAGGUUUUGUCGGGAAAGAUUGCAAGUGCUGGUGUCCGGGUACCCCACGUAACCCCACCGUCAGCUGUGGGGGGUCGCCUGCUGAGAGAAAUCAUGAAACGAAAGAAUCUAACUGCAAGGACGACAAACACUUCUGUGAGCAUUGGGCGAACGCUGGCUACUGCUAUGAAAAUGAGUUCGUGCAGGCUAACUGCAAGAAAUCCUGCGGGCUCUGCAAAGACGCCGCGUCAGGGUGCACUGAUCGUGCACCGAUUUGCAAACUAUGGGAGUCACAAGGACUUUGUCAAAACGAAAAUGCCAUUGACUAUCUGAAAGCCUAUUGCUCUUUAACUUGCAAAUUCUGUUCACCUGAGAGAGAGUUUAAGUUUGCGAGUGUCAUGUCUGAGAACCAAUCAUUUGAUUGCGCCGCUAGUGUAAUAUUGCCCUUGGUGCUCGCGUGCCUACAAGUAGCGUUUGUCAAUGUGUUUUAGUGUAAAAUGUUCUAGACCUAAUUGUUAAACUACAGCAG